AAAAAUGUUUUAUGAUUUGACUGAUAGAUGUCGCUCAUGUUUUCCAUAUGAUACUCAAUGUUUAUAUUUUUCGGGAUUUAAAAAUUCAAUUUUUUUCAGUUUUUUUCGUUUUUUUUCAAAAUAUGUCAUAUGAUGAUGAUGAUGAUGUGGGAGUUAUUGGCACACCAUUUCCAGCAUUAGAAGCAGAUGAAAUUGUCUCUCGAAGAUUAGACGUCGAUCAAACUGUACGAGAUGAACGAGGAAGACGACGAUUCCAUGGCGCUUUUACCGGUGGUUUUUCUGCCGGUUACUGGAACACUGUCGGUUCAGCUGAAGGAUUUACACCGAAAAUUUUUAAAUCAUCACGUAAAGAUAAAUUCAAUAAAGAUGAUUUCAGUUCAAAACCAGAAGACUUUAUGGAUGAUGAAGAUUUUGGAUCGUUUGGAAUUGCGCCGAAAAAAAUUCAUACUAAAGAUGAUUUUGUGGAAAACUUUACACUAUCAAGUUUAAAAGAUUCUCAUCUAACAUUCGACGAAGUGAUAAGAUCAGUUUUUCAAUCGAAUAAAGAAUCGAUUGGAAAACGAUUAUUUCGUAAAAUGAAACGAACUGCUAAAUUGGAGCAAAAAGAUUUAUAUGAUGAUGAUGAACCUGUUGAUAUGAAAACUGAUGAUAGCCAUUCGGCGACGAUGAUAUCAUCGAAAAUUAAUCGACAUGGUCUUGGCUACAAAGGAAUGUUGAAUUCAAAAGAUUUGGAUUCCACAAGUGACAAUAAACGAAUACUUGAUUCAGGAAAUGCUGUUUUAGCCACAAUGAAAAGUGGAAAAAGAUUAAAAAUUACUGGCGAAGCUUUUGGUUAUGGAGCGUUGGAAGAAGAUGAUGCUAUGGAUAUUUAUUCACAUGAUGAUCUAUCACGAUAUGAUUUUGAAAUCGGACCUGUUGCAACAACGAAUAAAACAAAACCUAAACUGAAAAAACCUUUUGCUACCAAUCAAAAUGCCACUGAAAUUGAUGGUUUCAAACAAUUUAAAGAAAAUUUUAAUUUAUUUCAAAAUAUCAAACGUAAAUAUGCACCACCAGAAUUGCCCAAUGGAUGGAAACCAAGAAAAAUUGUUGAAAUAUCAAAUUUGAAUCGAAAAUCUCGAUGGGAUAAUGUAAAAAAUGAUACAACAAUUCAAUCUGAACCUAAACAACAAAAAAUACUGAAUGCAAAUCUAAGAGCCGUAAUCCUGGGUGAAAAUGUCGUACAUAAAAGUGGUGUGGCUAAAUCUGAACAAAGUAAAGAAUUGGAAUUUUCCAAAACGAUAAAACCAGCUAUUAUAACCGCAAAUGUACCAAUUUCAAAAACUCCUCUAUCUGGAUAUUUUGCAUCAAAAUUCACACGAAGUUCAUCCACAACGAUCGACGAAGAUCAAUUGACAGCAGGACUAAAUACAUUUGAAAAUGUUUCAUCGACAUCAUCUUUAUUAUCAGAUAAAAAAUCAACAGUGGAAACGAAUCAAACAGCUGAAAAUUUAGUUCCUAUCCGGACGGUUUAUGAAUGGCAUCCACAUAAAAUUGUAUGUAAAAGAUUUGGUGUACAAAAUCCAUUUCCACAAUUUCCCGAUGUAGUCGGUAUUGUUUGUAUGCGUGAAAGUGAUAAAUCACUUAAUAUGAUUGCUCGAACCAAUUUGAAUCAAGAGAAAAAAUCUUUAUUUGUGAAUAUUUUUUCUGAAUUAAAUUCAACAACAACAACAACAAAUGAUAUUCAACCAUCAUCAUCAUCAUUAUCGAACAAAACUAGUCAAAGUAAUGAUGAUGAUGAUAAAACCGUUGAUGAUGAUAAAAAGAGACCAGCAACAGAUCUAAGACCUGAAAUAGUAGAAAAUACAAUAAAUGAAACCGAACAACAAAUGCAAAAACCGAGACCACCAAUCGAUCUAUUUAAAUCGAUAUUUGCAUCUGAUGAAGAAGAAGAAGAAGAAGAAAAUCCCACUGAUUCGAUAGAGAAUGAUAAUUCAAUUUCUAAACAACAAUCAUCUGGUGGUAUAUUUGCAGGAAUUGAUUUCGAUCAAUUAAAUCAAAAUUUUGAUCCUCGUUUGGAUUCAACAAAGUCCAAUGUAUCAAUAGAUAAAAAUGAUAAACAGAAUGUUGAUGAAGACGAUGAUGAUGAAUGUUAUGGACCAGCCUUACCACCCGUAUUAUUAUCUAAUCCUGAAUCAACAUCUAUGGCUUCAUCAUCGAUUCAUAUGAUCAAUAAUGAUAAACAUUCGAAACAUAAAAAAAUAAAAAAAUCUAAAAAGAUGAAAAAAUCCAAAAAGAAAAAAUCAUCAUCAUCCACAUCAAAACAUUAUUAUCAUCGAAAAAGAAAAAGGCAUCGAUCACGAUCAUCAUCUAGUUCGUCAGACAGUAAUAAUGAUGAUAAUAAUUACAACGAAUCCAAUAUUGAUCAAAAUGCACGAUAG